GUUCUAUCAUGUCUACAUCCGCCCGCCGUCGUCUCAUGCGGGACUUCAAGCGCAUGCAAACCGAUCCUCCAGCUGGAGUCUCUGCAUCUCCGGUCGCUGAUAAUGUCAUGACAUGGAAUGCCGUCAUCAUCGGCCCCGCCGACACGCCGUUCGAAGACGGCACAUUCCGCCUGGUCAUGAAUUUCGAAGAACAAUACCCCAACAAGCCACCGGGCGUGAAAUUUAUAAGCCAAAUGUUCCAUCCCAAUGUGUAUGGAACCGGUGAGCUCUGUCUCGACAUUUUGCAGAACCGCUGGAGUCCGACGUACGAUGUGGCCGCCAUUCUCACUAGUAUCCAAAGUCUCUUGAACGACCCCAAUACCUCGUCUCCGGCCAACGUCGAGGCCUCGAACCUCUACAAAGACAACCGCAAGGAGUACACCAAGCGAGUGCGAGAGACAGUCGAGAAAAGCUGGGAAGAUAAUUGA